GUGGGAAAUCAAAAACCAUAUCGAAUAAAAUAAAUACCAUAGCCUUAAAAGAAAAACGACGGAAAGACGAUCGAUUCACAAUACACUACACAAAAAGUAAAGUUUGAACAACACGAACCAAGAACGGAUAUAAAUGAUAUAAUUGUAUAGAAAUGAAUUGAAACUCCUAAAACAAAGUUGUCUUAAGCUGCUUUGACUAUUCUGUUGAUGUCUUUUUGGUAUUUUAUGCACAAAAACAUUUUGUAUAUUACACAUAUAGUUAUACAUUCUAUCGAUACUUAUUUUAAGCAUUGCACAAGUUCAUACUUUUCUCAGACUGCAUUAUGAUGACGUCUUUAUACUUUUAAAAUUCGUUUGAGGUUACUGUUUGAUAUUUAAGGUUCAGAAAACAUAGGAUUAUCUAUAACUAAGUAGUUGUAAUUCGAAUUUGGACUAGAUUUUAGUGACUCUGAUUACUAUUAGAUCGAUAAUUGUUUUACAUUUAUUGUUCUACAUUAGGAAAUGCAUAUACCAAGUCAGGAAUAUGGCAGUUGUUUUCCAUUCGUUUGAUGUGUUUGAGCUUUUGAUUUUGCCAUUUGAUAAGGGACUUUCGGUUUUGAAUUUUCCUUGGAGUUCGGUAUUUUUGUUAUUUUACUUUUUGUUCAUUAAAUUUUCAGUUUAUAAAUGUUCCAAGUUCCUUCGGAAAAAGUUCACAGUUACAAUCUAAUUCUUUUGUUUAGGCCUUUUUGUUUUGAUGCUCCCCAGUUUUUUGAUGUUUUUUUUUGUUCGGCCAUUAGUAGAAUUUACAAUUUAAUGGAGGAUAGACAGUAUCGUUAUUAAAAGACACGAAGAUGGUCAAGACCAAACAACUGACCAAAGAAAACUACCAGUAUUGCACAUCAUUUCAGCAUCGGAUAGCGGAAGUGACUUGAGGUUUUCCCCAGGAGGUUUACAGUCCAGAAAUUAUUUAGACCAGCAUUUACACAAACAUGAAAAGUUUAGUGUUUAACAGGACUCACAUUGUUUAUUAUCAUAUAACAAUCUUUUUUUUGAAUCAGACCGAACUGUACAUAAUCUCUCGUUUCAAGUUAAAUUAGAUCUAGUAAGAAUAUUUUGAAUCAAUCACUUGUCGGACAUCAUCAUCCUAAUAGUAGAACAUUAAAGCUACUGUUUGGUGUUUAUUCCGGACACAUCAAGUCAUCCAUACGGAAAUCGUUAUCAAAGUUAACGAUAUCUAUCACGAAGUAGGAACAACUGCGUGUGGACUAUAGUCUCUUAGGAUAUAUGUACAUGUACUUACCGUCUAUCAGCCAAUGCUUCUGCUGCACUAUCGUAUUUUUAUAAGUAAUGUUUAGUUUUUAAUAAUGCAAUGAUGUAAAAAUCAAGCGUCACUUAACUCAGGAUAUGUUGCUCAUAGAAACAUUUAAAGUUUAGGUGCUGGCACCAUUAUGUAAUGAUUUAGGUAGCUUCCCAAAUGUUUUUUUUAAUAUAAGUACCUACAAAGACGUAUCAUGCAUUCUGAAAUUGGUGUUUGUUUCGUUGUGACUGUUGGUCAACUUAGGAUGGUUCCCUCUGUAAACUGUUCAGUAUAUGUGCCUUCGGAAUAUACAACUAUUGUCAAACUUGUCAAAUAACGGCCGGCUACUAGUCUAUGGUCAACUUAGUGUGCUAAAUGUGGAGCAGGAUGUGCUUCCAUUUUGUGUUUUUUUGCGGGUUAGUGUUGCCCAGUUUUCAAUUUUUCUAUGAAGUGUUUUGGUUUUUAUCGGUAUUUUCGGGGUUUUUUUUCUUGCCGUUGUCUGUUUUUCUUUCACUUAUGAGUUUUGAAUGUACCCUUGGAAUCUCCCGCCUGUUUUUUUAAGAUUACAACCUGUCUCAUGGCUAGUGUUGCCGUGAAACGAUAAUGUCUUGAUUCGAAUAAAAACUUGUGUAUGUCAUAUUCAAGCUAUUAAUGUUCAUUUUUUUUGGCUUCCCAAGCGCACAAGGUGAUGGUUCUUCAAAAAACGGAAGUGUUGCGCACAAAAUGCUGUUGUACGUGUUUUAUUAUGAACUUGUAACUAACUAAGCGGAUUCACUAUUCCAAUUUUGUUUUGUUUAUGGCAGUACAUAUAGCUCAAAACGUGAUGCACCAUUUUAUAUAUUGGUCUUCCCAUACUUUUGACCCUGAGCAUAGUGUAUGGUUAAAUAAUAAACAAAUGUCUUGUGUACUGAAAUUAGCAUUAUACGUUUAGUUCAUUUAGAGUGUUGUCUGCUGUUUCCAUGUGAGAAUGUAUUUUUUAAUUUAAUUGUACUGGUCUUUGUUACUAUAUUUUCUGAUGUCUAUAUUUUUCCAAUUGUAUUCAUCUUGAUCCUGACAGUCAAUAGUUCUCCUACUUCGUUUGAAAAGAAUUUACUGAAAGGUAUCCAAAUUGAAUUAAACAUACUUAUAUAUUGUUGUAAAGCAUGGAAAUUUAAAUUAAAAAUUAUAAAACUUAAUAAAUGUCUUGUAUCCGAAGUGAUUUUCUGGAUUUACCUUCAUCAGGAAAGUCAAAAGCCAUCAAAAUGAAAGCAGGAGAUAUAUGACCAACAGGUACCUAAAGAGAAUACAAAUCAUUUGUUAUGGCAUACUGUUUUGAUAUAGACACUUUUUUUUUAGAAUGACAUUAAAGUACUGUACGGUAUUGAAAUACAAUAUCUAAAGGAAGCAAGAUCUUAAAAAGUUCUUACUUGCAAGCAAUGUUUAAUCAUCAUCACUACGAGAACUUCUUUUUGUAUUUCAUUAGAUCUACGAUGAACAAUAAAUUUUACUCAAUACUUCGAGACCAUAAAUAUGUAUAACAGUUAUGCAUGUAUCAGUUUUUGUGCUGCGACGAUUGUCUCAGUAUUUACCGGACCAGUACUUUCAAAUACAGUUGAUCUAAUGUUUAAUUCUUACAACUGUGACGAGAUUCCCAGGACGGUUUCCCUAGAUAAAACCUACACUUUAUCAUGGUUUGGUAAAACAAGCCCACAUCUGUGUACUUUUAAUUUUACUAGUGGUGGUAAUGGAGAGUCCUAUAUAAACAUGAAACUUUGUUUUGAAUCUGAGGAAUAUGAUUUACCAUCGUAUGAUGUAGAGCUUAUAGUUUCAGAAGAAUCUCAGAAAUGGGUUUAUGAUGGCUCACAGCAAAAGAUUGAAAGAAAAUGUAUAGAAAGAGCCUAUGAGUUGAUUUUUAAGAUGCAGCUAACAAGAUAUUAUAAAGAGUCGUCUUGGAAACUUAAACUGAAAAUAACAAGUGAGAACCUUCCAAAUGCAGACGCCGGUUGGAAUGUUUUGGAUUAUAUUAGGAACACAGCCUUAGAAAUUUUACCCUUUCUGAUUGCUGCUGUUGUAUUAUUCUGUUGCUUUAGAAAUGAAAAGCUGAGAAACAGAUUUUGUACUCCUAUAAGAAAAUUUCUGAAAAUUGGCAAUUCCAGCUCGAGUCAACAAUCUACAGAUACUUUAACCGAAGGGUCAAGAAGAUUAUCCAUCACUGAAAAUCGUCUUAACUACGAAUCAACGGAUAUAACACAUAUGCAAGACAACGAUUCAACAUCGUCGUCAGAAUUCUCAUUGACGUUUCCAUCUGAACAAGUAGAGUUUGCCCAUGGACAGUGUGUUCCUUCUGCGCCAUACGAAUUACUACCACCCGGGCCGCCUUCAAAUGGACCGCAAGCACCGCCUCCAAGCUACGAUGAUGUGGUUGGAAAAUCGCAAAUGAAAUCGGGACUCGGAUAAUAAUAAAAUUUUUCCUUUAAUCUUGAAAAAUCUAAAUACUUCAUAUAUUUUAUAUAUGUCUUGUGCAAUAUGCUUUAGGGAUGUACUUGAAACAACUAUAGACAUGGGUUGAUAAGGUCAUUUCCGUUACCAAAGAAAGAAAACAUACACUUUUACAUUAUCAUUGUUUUAUAGUUCUGAUCUUCCCUUUUUCCAUAGAAACAUCUUAUUGUAUUUUUUUCAGGUUAUUCCAUUUAAGUUAUAUUCCUAUUCUAAAGAAAGAAGUCUUAAUG